AUGAUCAAAAACUCUCACAAAGAAAAACAGGCAUCAAAGCACAAACCAAGAUGUGGGAGAACCACUGAUGGGGAACCUGGUCACUACAACCAGUGUGCCAGGGGCUACUCGUCUUCUCGUGGGAACGGGAGUUGCGGAGAGGCGGUGAAGACAAGCCGACAAAGCGUCACAACAACGGUACUGUGUCCCGAGUGUGACUCCGAAGUGGACCUCCCUCAGCAGGGUCCGGCCGGACUGAGUACAGACCACCUGGCGCUGGACGAAGUGUUCCUGGAGACCCUGGUGACCAACGGCCCGCUGGGAUGCGACCUGUGCGGGGAAGGAGGCGCUGAGAGCCGCUGUGAGGUCUGCUCGGUCAACCUUUGCGAGUUCUGCUGCCAAGCUCACAGACGUCAGAAGCGAACAGCGUCUCACUCUGUUCAGGCGGUGGAGGACCUGAAGGCUCGUGGACGUCUUGGUCGUCCCAUCCUCUGCUCUCUUCACCCCGGCCAGGAGCUCAGGCUCUUCUGUCAGCUCUGCGACCUACCCGUAUGUCUGGACUGCGCUUCCACGCUGCACAGAGACCACCACUGCUGUCCUACGCACGACGUCAUCGACCAUCACGGUGACCGUAUUCGAGAUCUGGUCAGCACGCGUCUACGACCCCGACUGGAGCAGAUGGAGGAAGUUCUACAGAAGGUGGAAACUUCCCAGGAGAAUUUGAAGGUACGGGUCGAGGCAACAGCCAGUGAGAUCAGAGCCUUUGCUCGAGGCUACGCCAGCGCUGUGGAGGCCCAUUGUCUGUCUCUGCUGCGGCACCUAGAGGAGCUUCAGGUCCAGCGCAGAAACGUCCUCCACCUGCAGAGCGUGCAGCUGCAGCAGGGCCUGCUGGAUGUCCGAGGCAGUGUGGCGUUUGCCGAGCGCCUCCUGAGCUGUGGGUCUGACGCCGAGAUCCUCAGCGCUAAAGGAGUGACUCUAAGACGACUCGCCAGCCUGGCAGAGAGAGGCUAUAACCCUUGUCCAGCGGCGGUCGCCCCAGACGAUAGCAGCAGCAUUUGCUUCCUGCCCAGAGAGCCAGCCGGAGAGGUGGAGGGCUACCCAGUGGUGGGUGUGAUUAACUGGAGGCCGCUGGAUGUCAGCAGGUGCACCAUUGAAGGAGAAGGUCUGCGGCGGGGCAGCGAGGGCCAGCCGGGCCGUUUUAGCCUGGUGUGUCGAGACUCAGCCGGGGAGCAGAUGGCUCGAGGAGGAGAGCAGGUCCUCGUCAGCAUCGUCCACAAAGAGAAGAAGAACUGCGCUGUGGAGACGGUGGUGGUGGACAACGCUGAUGGAACGUACAGCGUUUCAUACAAGCCUGAGGAACCAGGACCUUACUCUGUGUGGGUUUGUGUCAAAGCCCAGCAUGUGAAGGGUUCUCCGUUCCUGCUGAAUGUGAAGAAGAAGUUCAGACACCACGGUGGGACGUUCCACUGCUGCUCCUUCUGCUCCAGUGGAGGAGCCAAAGAGGCAAUCUGUGGCUGCGCAGGAACGAUGUCAGGAGGGUUUAAAGGCUGUGGUCACGGUCAUAAGGGACAUCCCGGGAAGCCCCACUGGUCCUGCUGCGGCAGCACCACUGAGAAGUCUGAGUGUUUACCUCCGAGCGUGUUGGCUGCUGUCUCUCCUCGUGGACAUCUGCGCACCGUGGAGCUGUGAGGGACCCAGAGAUGAGAACACAGAUCCAUCUAUAUUCUUGUCGUUGUUAUAAACAACAUUACAAUGGAACAAAUGCAGAGCUCUCAGUCAAAAACGGUCUGUUCUCUGGUGUUCACAUGUCUGUGGACAAUUAUUUCACCUAAAUGAAAAUGUGAAAUCAUUCUUUACUUGUUUCCAUCAUAUAGAGGAUUUUUUAAUAAAUGACAUCUAAAAAAAAACACUAUUAAAUACAGCCAUGAUGUGUUGAGCUCCACUGUAUCCCCUCUGUGGGCAGAUCAUGGCUCAGAAGAACAACACAUCUCCUGGUAGACCAUGCUGACUAACACUAACCCAGCUGAAUGUUGCCGACCACAGUCUCCUCCAGUAACUGUAACAGCCCAAACCACUACACCACCUCCACCUUGGGUCUAAUCCUAACCCUGGCUCUAACGAGGUUACCCUAACCCAAACCACUACACCACCUCCACCUUGGGUCUAAUCCUAACCCUGGCCCUAACAGGGUUACCCUAACCGAAACCACUACAACACCUCCACCUUGCUUUUGUUGUGGCUCUAAUCCUAAAGGUUGGUUUAUGCUUGACGCGUCCGUGAGGUCCGCACGGCUCCGCGCGGAAAAGUUGCGUCAUUUUAACAACCACGCCCCUCCACCGCGCCUCCGCACGGCCCAAAAUUUCCGCAGCGCGCACCUAGGAAAUUUUCUAACCACGCGGACGGUCGGACGCGGAAAAGCAUGGCGGACCGGCAAGAACUAGUAUGGCAGAGGUUCAUAAAUACAGACAUUUGUGUGAUUCAGCUCUCAGAGAUCACCGCGAUCAACAUGUUGUUAAUAAUUCUUGGUGAGAAAUAGCUCGCACUGUCAGAAAAGACAAGGACCCUGUUAAAAAUGCUGGAAUGCCAUGUUGUAAACAACAGUAAUUUUUACUUCUACUAUGGUGUAGUGUUGGAUGCAUGUCGUAGAGCUCCAUGCUGCCCCCUACAGUUUGGGAGAAUAUCGGCUCACCGCAGAGACAAGCCGCUUGAACCAUAAACGCUGCAAGUUGUGAAGCGCGUUCCAUCCGCGAGCCGCAUCACCAAGCGGAAAGUAAAUGCGUCAACCAUAAACCAAGCUUAACCCUGGCUCAAACAGGGUUACCCUAACCCAAACCACUACACCACCUCCACCUUGCUAGUGUCUUGCCUCUAACAGGGUUUCUACACCAAAGAGGUUCCUGUGCUUGUCCUUAAAAAAUAGUCUUGUGACCCAUAAUAUCUGUCAGACAGAUUAGACAUACACGACUAUUGUAAGAAAACCACCCAUUUGUAGCUUUUCCCUCCCCCGCCCCCAAAUUCCAGGAUUUUAGGUAAGAACAUAUACAAUUCUUGAAAGCAGAAAAACUGAAUUUAUUGGAGGAAAGAAGCUCUGAGUGUCUCUAAAUGAGCUGCUGAUCUGAGUAAAAGUGAAACCAACUCAGAGAUUUUAGACUUGGAGCUCAUGUUUUCCUCAGCUGUUCUCUUGGAACCAGCAGAUGGUGCUGGGAGAACAGCCAGAGCUCUUGGUAAUGGGAACACGAAGAACUGGUUCACUACUGGAACUGGAAAAAGUGGACCAUCCAUCCAUUCCCAGUUGCUUAACCUUUUUUUCCUUUCAGGUUUUUAUGCCAUUAAUUUGUGUUUUUUCAAGUAGUGCAGAAUCACAAAGGUGGAUCUGCACCAGAGUCAGCCCCGCCCAUUCACGCAAACUCAGCCCAGCCCACUGACUUCUUCUGUUUGUUUUUUUUUUUGUUUGUUUUGUUUUUUUACUUUAUUGCAAACUAACCUGACCUACAUGAACUACGGCUGUUACUAGUUUACAGUUGUUAAUACUAAAUUCCAAUUAAGCAAGAUAAGUAUAAUUUGCUACAUGAAAUGAAAGGUUCUUUUCAGCAAAUUUCUGCCCACGGCCGCUCCGACAAAAUGCGCCUAAACCAGGGUUUUAGGCUAACCGAUUAUUGUAUGAGCUCUGGUAGUCCAGUGGUGUAACGGUCUGACUUAUGCUUCGUUUUGCCCUCUGCUGACGCUGGUUUGACUCUCACUGGGGUCGGCAGUAAUGUAUUUAGCCAACUGAAACAGAUUUAAUUUAUUAAUAUUUUAGUUUUAUUGAUUAUUUUCUACAAAAUAUUUUAUGUCUCUAAAAAGGUAUUUGAAUUUGGUUGUUUCUAAGCAGCAUUUUAGUUUAAACUCUGGACCCACACUGGCUAAAUAAACAAAGAAGGUAAAAACAAACUGAUUAGUUGUUAUAUUUUAAACCGUUUACCAAUAAAGGGUUGAAAACACAAUAUUGGCAAGAGUAGCUAGGAAAAAAAAAGUUGAUGCCACGACCGGGAGGAGAACCUGCACAAAACUACACACCAGUCUGACACCAUAGUCACCCCACCACUACAUCUGUUACAGUAUGGUUGGUGCCACGUAUCCUAUCUAGUGUGUCUUUGUAGACGGAUGGAUGGUUUUUCUGGCGGUGUCCCAGUAGAAGUCAUUUCAGAAGUCAUUUUUCAGAAAAUCCACAGAAUAUCCAGAUCUGAGAACCAAGACCAGACCUGCUUCAGGGGGAGAAGAAAUGCACAGUAGUGGCUUACUUUCUUCCAUUUGCAGGAAAAAUCUUUACAUUCAAUUCAGUUCAGAAAUACUUUAUUAAUCCCAGAGGGAAAUUGAUUGCUGUAGUAGCUCUGAAUAAUAAUAAUAAUCAAGUCAUCCAAGAGUUAUUGUAUAUUACAAUGGCUGUUGGCAGGAAGGAUCUCCAGUAGCGGUCAGUGUUGCAGCCAAACUGAAGAAGCCUCUGACUGAAGGCACUCUUCCGUUGUCGGACAGUCUUGUGAAGAGAAUGCUCAGGCUGAUUUAAAUCAGAAUAAAAUACAAACUUUAGGCUUCAGUUAAGCUGCGUGUUUGCGUGUAUCUGAUGUCGGCAACAGCCGGGAAACGUUUGUGUUUUCUGAAAAUAAAAUGUUGCUUUUAUGUGAGAUCAGCUGAUGCUGUUUUAACCUCCAACCCUCUCCAAAGCUGCUCUGACUUCUCCAGAGGUUUUGACCCACCCACCCACUCCUUGUUGCAACAUGAAAAAUAAAGUUUUCACUCUCA